AUGGACGGGGACAGAUUCACCCAACCCCAAGCCAUCGCCCUCGUCUUCGGCAUGACAGGAGGCUUCCUCACUCUCCUCAUCCUCGUCCUCCUCUUCAUCCGCCACGACCGCCGCUCCCGCCUCAAAGCCGCUUCCCGCCGCCGCGCCGCGGACAUCGAGGCCGCGCGCACCGCCACGCAUACCGCUGUCGUCGGUCUCGCCGGCCGCGCCGGUCGCGCAUGUCCUCGUGCCGGGCGCGAGAUGGUUCAGCCUCAGGCGGUGAAGCCGAUGGCGAAGGCGAACGCAAAAGGUCUAGGUAAGAAUGGAGUCGACAUCUCAACCGUCGACGGGAGCAUGAUGCGCAAGUUCCACUCUGCGGAGACGGGGGAGGUGAUUCACUACGGGAAGGGCGUUGAGGCGGAUGUCGACGUUCAACUGGACGAGGUGUUUGUUGUGGGCGAUGAGGCGGAGAUGGGGUUUGAGGUUGUGGAGUUGGUGGAGGAGGAGAAGAAGAGGGAUAGUGCGCAGUCUGGUGGUGCCGAGGGUGAGGAUGAGGAUAAGAAGAAGAAGUCUGUCGAGGAUGAGAUGUCGGAGCUUGAGAAGGCGGGUAAGGACAAGGCGGGGUUGGAGUUGGCGGAGUCUGAGAGGGAGGGGGGUGAGGAGGCGAAGUAG